CCCAGCAUUUACACGCACGCAUCGAAACGACCGUGUUGGACGACGACUGGAAGAAAAUACCCAGCAAUGAGCAAGUGAGCAACGGACGAUGCACACUAUGCACCUUCACGACUUCACUUUCACCACCAUGAAUAUCCCCACGAUCAAGGAGACACCAAAGCGAUCACUCUUGGCAGCAAUUUUCUAAUGGCGCCGCAGACUCGCCAUUGCUUGUAACGUUCGUGUCUUCAGAGAGAAUUGCCCGGUUUCUUCUUCAUACAUAACUUAUUCUGAAGGGCUGCAGCCUGCAGUACUCCAUACUGCAACCGUGUUCCUGGUCCAAGGAACAGCCAGUCUGAAAUGGAGAGUGCCGGGAGGGGACAGACACCGGAGGGCGCUGCGCAGCACGGCUUCAGAACGGCGGCAAGCAGAUUUGCGGGCAACACAGGCGAGGCGGCAGAGACCCCGCCUGUCGCUGUGGAGGACAAGAUUUUCGUUGCCGUCCCGGAAGAGUUCAAGCAUGGGAAGAGCACCUUGCAGUGGGCACUGCAGAACUUGGCCAAGGACUCCUCCAGGUCCAGGAUCGUAAUUGCCCAUGUCCACAUUCCUGCAGAAAUGAUCACCAUGGGGCUGGGGGCAAAAGUUCAUUACAGCACAAUGAGACCACAAGAACUCCAUGCAUAUAGGGAGCAUGAAAGAGAAAAGAUGGAGAAGAAACUAAACGAAUAUGUUCAUAUAUGCAGACGAUUAAAGGUUAACUGCAACAAAGAAGCUAUUCAAAAUGAUGACAUAGCUAAAGGGAUCAUCGAGCUUAUUUCUUUACAUGGGAUCACAAAGCUUGUCAUGGGAGCCGCCUCAGAUAAGAACUACUCAAAAUUAUGA